AUGGCAAAGGAAGCGGAGAAAACGGGACCCCUGUGCCAUUAUGCGGUGACCAGCCUGGCGAAGAACAACUUCAGGGUGGUCACCGUAACCAUGUACAAUCCGCAUGUGAAGGAUGAAGAGGUGAGGGCCUUUCUGGGGAGAUAUAUGGACAAUGUCUCCUCAGCGAGGUACCUCAGGGACUCCCUGGGUUUCUGGAACGGGAAGAGAGGUUUCCAGGCGUUACUCAGGGAGUCCCCGAAGAGUGUGGAUGGCUACUUCCAUCCUCCGGCGAUGUUCUCCCUGGGGGCUGACAGGGGAACACUCUACUACGCACGUCAGCCCCCGUUCUGCAGGCGUUGUAUGGCCUACGGCCAUAUCCUGGCCUCGUGCAGCGCCAAGAGGUGUCGAUUUUGUGGGUCGGAAGAGCACGAGGCCAAGGAAUGUGACGAGCCCAAGGCUUGCCACGGGUGUGGCUCAGAGCACACCUGUGGCGUGAUUGCCCGGCUCGUCACAGGUCAUACGCGUCUGCAGCUGGGGGAGCGGGGGAUGGGGGGGAGGAAAGAGAGGACGCAUGCGGAUUAUGGGGUCCCCUACAUGCAGCCCCGAGGCAAACAGGGAGGGGGGAUGGUGGGUGGGGAGGGAGGACCCAACACACUGCCUGGGUCAUGGGUUGGGAUGGAGGACGGGGGGCGUCAGGAGUGGAGAGGACGUCCCCGCCGGUGGAGAUGGACCAGGGGAGCAUUGGGAGAACAACAUCAUGAUGCUGACAAGGCAGAGAAGAGUCUCUCCAGAUCAGAACACCUCAAGAAACACCUGAAGAGACCCACAGGGAAUAAAUCUCACCACUGCUCUGUAUGUGGGAAGAGUUACUCAAGAUCAGAUUCACUUAAACUACACCUGAGAAUACACCAGCGAGUACACACAGGAGAGAAACCUCACCACUGUUUUGACUGUGGGAAGAGUUACUUAAAAUCAGAUUCACUUAAACUACACCUGAGAAUACACACUGGAGAGAAUCUUCACUUCUGCUCUGACUGUGGGAAGAGAUUCACCUCUUCAGUAGACCUUAAAAUACAUCAGAGAAUUCACACUGGAGAGAAACCUUUUGGCUGUGAUCAAUGUGGGAAGAGUUUUACUAAGCCAAGCAACUUGAAAUCACACCAGCGAAUACACACUGGAGAGAAACCUUAUGGCUGUGAUCAAUGUGGGAAGAGUUUUACUCAGUCAAGCGGCCUGAUAUCACACCAGAUAACACACACAGGAGAGAAACCAUAUAGCUGUACUCAAUGUGGGAAGAGUUUUGCUACAUCUGUCUAUCUGAAGAUACACCAGAGAAUACACACAGGAGAGAAAUCCCAUAGCUGUAAUCAAUGUGGGAAGAGUUUUACUCAGUCAAGCAGCCUGAAAUCACACCAGUAGUAGGAGUAUUCUAAUGAUAUCA